CCCACACAACGGGCCUCCCACGCGUCCAGUUUAGGCCCUCCCAUGGAAUUAAGCCCCUGUGUUAACUCGCUACUAAAGAAGUGUUGCCCUCUUCCCCGUUAGGCAUCACCCUGCAUUAGUAAACAACCCUCAGUUAAUAUCACAACCCUGCACAGAUCAACUCAUACACAGUGAGGACCACUCUCCGUUUUUGUGCUUCUCUUGUUUUGGUUUAUGAAGAAACCAAAGUUUCAAGAAAAGGAUGAGCAUUCAGGAGGACGUCAAGCAGCAGCACCUGGCCGGCCCGGGACCCAUGUCCCCAGCCCCAUCCAGUACCAAGAAAACCCCGAGGAUGCCCAAGUGUUCCCGAUGCAGGAACCACGGAUACAUGUCUCCCCUGAAGGGACAUAAGCGUUUUUGCAACUGGAGAGAUUGCCAAUGUCCGAAGUGCAAACUUAUUGCAGAGAGGCAGAGAGUAAUGGCGGCUCAGGUGGCCCUACGUCGUCAGCAGGCCCAGGAAGAGGAGCUUGGGAUAUGUAGUCCCAUAACGCUGUCCAGCUCAGAAAUGGUGGUGAAGAAUGAAGCGGGUGGCAACUGCCUGUAUUCAGUGGAGGGCUGCUCCCCUACCACGUCCUCCAGCUUCUCUGCAUCAACCCCCAUCAAUGGGGGCAGCCCUUCCUCUUCCUCCAGCCCCCCCGUCAAGCCCCAGGCCGAAGGGACCUCUGACCUGACGGUGGACGCCUACUACAACUUCUACCAGCCCAGCCGCUACCCUGCCUACUACAACAACCUGUACAACUACCAGCAGUACCCGUCCAUGACCGGCAGUGAGGGCCGUCUGAUGGGCCACAACGUGUCCCCCCAGUACCGCAUGCACUCCUACUACUCGGCCGCCUCCUACCUGAGCCAGGGCCUGGGUACCCCCACCCUGGGUAACCCCUCACUGGGGACCCCGGCCUGCGUCCCCACGGCCACCCCCCUCCCCAUCUUCAGCCUGGACGACAACAACAACUGCACCGAGGCCAGGAUGGCUGUCUAUUCUCCAGGUGCUGGUGGCGGUGGUGGUCACGACUCCUCCAUGACCUGUCUCUCCAUCAGCUCCCUGGGCUCCUCCGGGGGCAAGGGGGUUUGUGACGGUGCCGGUGGGUCGUCCAACUACUCCGUCGACUCCAUCGCCCGGGAUGGGGCCAAGUGAAGCCCCUUCUAGGGCAUUGUUUUUUCCGAGGGCGGUACUGUUGUGUUGUUAAAGGCCUUCGUUGUGGUCAUUUCAAGGGUUUAGUUGUUGACCUCAAUCAGUUUGUUUGUUUUGGUUGGGGGGGGGGGGGGGGGGGGAACUUAUUAGAUGAUGAAAUGUUAUGUGUGUCACUGAUUUUAAGCAAAGACUAUAAGACAUAUUUUUGUCUUUAAUAAACUUAUAGUAGUAAUUGUAGACCAUUUAAAGUUCCCCUCAUUACACCCACUGAUGAAAUUAACGGUCUCUGAUUGGCCAGAUAAGAGAUAAGCUUCACUCACAACCUGAAUCCACAAAGAUACCUUGAAAAGCCAACACAGAGGUUCUGGAUCGAUUCUAUUCCUUAGGAUUUGCAUAUGAUGACGUGCGCGUAUAUCAUAUGCAAAUCCUAAGGAAUAGAAUGCACAGAAACCUGCACAAUGGGUGCACAGAUUUGGACAUGUGGUAAGAAUGUCAACACGCAAACAUGCACACAUAUUUAUUUGCGUGUGUCUUGUUGUGCAUGCACAAAUACAUUUACCCCCACAGAUCUUGAGCUGUAAUCAACAUGGGUGUGCGUGCGUGCGUGCGUGCAUGCAUAUCUGCCCUUGGUGUGGGUUUGUUUAUAUUUAUUUUACCCCUUGAAACACAACGUGCCCUUGAGGGAGGGUAUAGGGCAUAAACUACAACGAUCUGAAUUCAUCAACACAACGCAGGGCACUCUCCAAAUAUAUGUAUAGAGUAAAGAUAGGCGGUCCUUGCUGUUAGAGGAUAAGCAUAAUCAUAUACAUGUUACUGUGCUUGCCAUGAAAAUGAACAAUUCCCUAAGGUUGUCUUGAAUGGACUUUUAAAAUUGUUUAUUGUUCGUAUUGUUGAUUUGUUUGGAAUUAACAUGCUCUGAAAUGGUUUAUUUGCAUUUAUGUUUUAAUAAAACAGCAACAAAUGUAA